UUAACAUUACCCACAAAAAUAAAAAUAACUAGUCAUGGCAAACUCAAUGAACCAUCUUCUUCUCCUCCUAUUAUUUUUCAUGCCACUAAUGGCAUCCCUCAUCUUCAUAGCCGAAGCAUCUUCGCCACAAACCGAGGCCCUUCUGAAAUGGAAGGAAAGCCUCGGAGACCAACCUAUUCUCGCUUCAUGGCUCCAUAUUGAUAAUUCAACAUCACCCCAUUGCCAAUGGGUGGGAAUCAAUUGCUCUCUUUCGGAGGAUGUCUUUGCCAUAAACCUUGCCUACACAAACCUAACCGGCACCCUCGAAAAAUUCGACCCUUUAGCUUUCCCCAAUCUCAUUCGACUCGACCUCAAAGUCAAUGGCCUCACGGGUACUAUACCUUCCAAUAUAGGUACGCUUUCCAAACUCGAAUUACUUGAUCUCUCUACAAAUUCUCUUCACGGGUCUAUUCCACUUUCCGUGUCUAAUCUAAGUAGACUCUUGGAACUUGAUCUCUCCCGGAACAAUAUAACCGGGGAGCUUGAUCCUAGGCUCUUUCCAAACUCAUCUAGCCAUGCCAAAACCGGUCUAGUAAGUCUUAAGAGGCUGCAUUUUCAAGACACACAUCUAGGAGGACCCUUGCCGAAUGAACUAGGGAACUUAGUUCACUUGGAAAGCUUGGCAUUUGACAACAACAACUUCUCCGGUCCGAUUCCAACAUCUUUGGGAAACUUGACCAACAUUACAUUCUUGCAUCUAAACCAAAACCAGUUGUCGGGACGAAUUCCUUGGAGUUUCGGUUCCUUGACCAAAUUAACAGACUUGAGUUUGUUUUCCAACAAUUUAUUUGGCGAAGUACCACAAGAUAUUGGAAACCACUCAGCCAUGGUGAAUGUUCAAUUCGCCCUUAAUAAUUUCACCGGCCAACUUCCUAGCCAUGUUUGCAAGUUUGGAAAGCUUGUUAAUUUCUCGGCAGCUAGGAAUCACUUCUCCGGUCCAAUCCCAUCUAGCCUAAGGAAUUGUUCGACUCUGUAUAGAGUGAGGUUGCAGAGCAAUCAACUAACGGGCGUUUUAGACCGCGAUUUUGGAAUCUACCCGAAUCUCAGCUAUAUGGAGUUGAGCGAUAAUUUGUUGGGUGGAAGCCUCUCGCCCAAUUGGGCAGUCAGCAAGGACCUCACAUUCCUCGGACUUGCUGGAAACAUGAUUAAGGGAGAAAUCCCAAAAGAAUUUGGUGAAAAUCUCACCCAAUUAGGAGAACUUGAUCUUUCUUUCAAUCAACUUUCAGGAGAAAUACCUGACAAUCUCGGUAAGCUAUCAAGAUUGUACGAUUUGAACUUGGCCGGAAAUAGUCUUACCGGCGAGAUACCUCCGGGAAUUGGUGGGUUCGUCAAUUUGGUACAGUUGGACCUUUCUUCAAACGGAUUAACUGGACGAAUUCCUAGCCAGAUUGGGGGUUUAUCAAAGUUACUGUCUUUGAGCCUUAGCAAUAACAUACUAAAUGGCUCCAUCCCCGACCAAAUCGGUUCUCUGGACUCUUUACAGAGUUCUCUUGAUCUGAGUGGGAAUUACUUAACCGGGUCUAUUUCUCCUCAACUUGGGAACCUCGUAAAGUUAGAAUCUUUGAAUCUCUCUCAUAAUCGUCUCUCUGGUUCAAUACCAAAUAGCUUAACUAAUAUGCUCAGCUUAGACUCCAUUGACCUUUCUUAUAAUGACCUUGAGGGGCCAUUGCCUGACAACCAUUUCUUCCGUUCGUCACCUUCAACCAACUUCUCCAAUAACAAAGAUCUCUGCAGUAAUUUUCAGCUUUUAAAACCAUGCCCUAUAACUACAAGCCAAAAUAAGAAAAAGGGUCUUUCAAACAGGGACAUUGCCAUCAUUGUUGCGUGUUCUUUGGGAGGAUUACUGAUUAUAAUUUUAGCGACGGUUGGAGUACUCGUUGCCUUUAAAUCUCGCGGAAAGAGUGUUCCAUCAGUUGGAGGCGAUGAUCGUCGAGAGAAUCAUUUCUCGAUUUGGAGUUACGACGGGAAGUUGGCGUACAGGGAUAUCAUAAACGCGACUAAAAACUUUAGCGACGAGUAUUUGAUCGGGAUAGGAGGGUCGGCGAAAGUCUACAGAGCUGAAUUGCCAGACGGGAAAGCGGUUGCAGUCAAGAAACUGAAUACAGAUUCGUCGAUUACUGUAGGAAUGGGUGUAGAGGAAGCGAGGGCGUUUGCAAACGAGAUAAAGACCCUGACCCAAACGAGGCAUAGGAAUAUCGUGAAGCUUUAUGGGUUUUGUUCACACGAAAGGGAGACGUUCUUGGUGUCUGAGCUGUUGGAAAACGGAUCAUUGGAUAGCGUUUUGGGGUCGGAAAAAUUGGCCAAGGAAUUGAGUUGGGAAUUAAGACUUAGAAUAGUGAAAGGAGUGGCUGAUGCACUCUGUUAUUUGCACCAUAGUUGUGUUCCUCCCAUAAUCCAUAGAGACAUUUCAAGUAAGAAUAUUUUACUCGACAAGGAAUUUGAAGCUCAUGUCUCCGAUUUCGGAACAUCCAAGUUCUUGAAGCCUAAUUCCUCCAAUUGGACAACCGUCGCGGGAACAUACGGUUACAUCGCUCCAGAGUUGGCUUAUACGCCAGUAACGACGGAGAAAUGCGACGUUUACAGCUUCGGGGUUCUGGCUCUUGAAAUUUUAUAUGGGUCGCAUCCGCAUGAACUCAUAUCGAAGUUGUCGUCCGAUCAAGUGAAGAUAUUGUUGUUGGAUGAUGCAUUGGAUCGGAGACUAGGGCACCCAUUAGGCCAAAAGCUUGAAGAUGAAUUGAAAAGUGUCAUAAACUUGGCUGUUUGUUGCUUGAAUUCUAAUCCACAAGCUAGACCAUCAAUGGAUGAAGUCUCGAAAUUGCUACAAGUUAAGAUUGAUACUAAUUAUCCUAAGUUUGGUUCUGAAACUGCAACGGCUACUACACCAACUACUGAUUCAUCGUACUAUUCCCAGGAAUCCCAAUUACUUCAGCAAUCAGAAACAUUUGUCUAGGAGAGUCACUGUUUCUA